AUGGACAUGAAAAAUCUUCCCUUCUUUGACUUGCCUAGAGGAAGAGUCUUCAACUCCAUAGGGUUGCCGCAUGAACUCUUCCAUCAUUGCUAUGGCACAAUAAGAGGUUGGAUGAUCAUGGUUGAAUCUAUCAGCAAUUCUUUUGAUGAUGUUGAAGACAUUGAUGCACUAAUCUUCUUCUUCAACCCAGUAACAAAUGCUAAGGUCUAUAUGUCAUCAAGUUGGAUUUCUAAUGAGUCAUGGACUAUCGUUCAAGAAUAUGUGUCUACAGCAUUGACGUUCUUGCACGUAGAGAUUAUUGAUGGUAAAUUGUAUGCUUUGACACACUCAGUAUUAAAUUCUAUAGUUUUUUACGAUUUGCGAAAAGAACCUGUAAAACCCAGAAUAUUAGCAAGGCUUCCUGAAAUAGGAUUUUCUACAAUGAGAUUGAAAUCGAGUACCCAAGACUUCCUUUAUGAUGGUGAUGGUGGCAUUAUUAAUGCUUGGGAAGCUCAAGGUGACAUUCGUAAGACUUUGGCAGUUGAUUCUUCAUCAGGAGAGUUAUUCCUUAUUUAUUUGGUUUGCAACUCAAUCUUUAGGUUCAAGAGAAUGCUUAAUGAUACGGUAGGAAAGGAGUAUAUCAGUCCACCCAAAAUUUUAGAUAGUCGAGUGUUUAAGUUAGACAUGAGUAAAGAACCUAGAUGGAUAGAAGUUAAAAACUUGGGAAAUCGCAUGUUGUUCAUUGGGUUUUGGAAAAGUUUUGUGGUGUCAAAUGUUGCUCUUCAAUGCCCUGAAAAGUUUAUCAAAGGAAAUUGUAUCUAUUUUGCUUAUCAUUUUCCAUGUGUUAAGAGUAUCAUAGACGAAUGGAAAGGCUUGAGAAUUGGGAGGCAUCGUAGGACAGAUAGAAUGGUUGAUUACUAUACAUUUGAAAGAUCAAGCUUCAAUGAGGUGCCAUAUCCAGUUUGGUUCAUACCAAGUCUUUCGUGA